AGGGUUUUACUUACCUCUUCAUAAAAGGAAAUCAGAUCAGCUGUGUUCAGAUAAUGAAAGCUCAGCAGGUUUUCUGUGUAAUUUUCCUCUAUGUGACUUUCGUGACGUCACACUCAGUGGUACAACUCACUAAAUUUGGAGAAGAUGGAGUGAAACCAAGAGCAGUAUCAAGUCCUCUUUGCACAGGGUGUGAAGAUCUUCGAGAGAAAGUCAAAGCCUUGGAUGAACAACAAAAAGAACUGAAAACAGCAUUUUUAUUUUUCAAAGGAAGAGCUAAAAGUGGUGACAAAAUCUACCUCUCAGAUGGUGAACAAGGAAAUUUCGAGAAUGCUAGAGAAAGGUGCACAAAGGCGGGAGGUCAAAUGGCCUCUCCAACGAAUGCUGAAGAGAACGAAGCCAUACGGUUCAUCAUCAAUCAGUACAAUGUCGAUUCUUAUCUGGGAAUAAAUGAACUUGAGGAACUUGGGACUUACAGAUAUCCAGGCGGUUUGGCGAUCUCCUUCACCAACUGGAAUGUAAAUGAACCCAAUAAUUUUGAAGGCAGACAGGAGAAUUGUGUAGAGAUGCAAAAUACAGGAAGAUGGAAUGACAUUGUUUGUGCAUCUACACGUCUUAUCAUCUGCGAGUUUUCUAUCACUAGAUUAUAACAUUUCAUCACUUUAAUUUGUAAGGGAGUUUUGGCUUUUGAGGUCUUAAAGAAGAAAACAAAGAAAACAAAUGCAGCUAUCACAUUUCAGCAGUUUAUCAAUCAUCAAUAAAACCUGCCUUCUGAUUUUGUAGUAUAAAAAAAUCGGUCAUAUUAAAAAAAAAUGCACAUACCGUA